UUCCUAACGUAAGACUUCCUUGACAACGGUAAUGGCGGCGUAACGAUGUAAGCUCAGCGGUUAUACUUUAGUAAAUAAAUCACAUAAUUUAACUAAAUAGCGCUGUCUAGCUAAAUAUUAGUUCGCCUGAAGCGUGCAGUUGAUUAGUCCGUCUAAUCUUCUAGAUAAUUCAGAUGUUUGCUGUCCUGUAAUAAAGACUUUUGAACUAAGAUGCCGACGCGUCGUGUCGUCGUGCAGCUUGUCGUGGCUCUUGGUGUUAUUUUGCUGUUCGGUUCACAUGCCCAAGAGUUUACAAACCAACCGCCGGCGGAUUCUACUGAUUAUUCUUUUGCAAAUGGUGUGAAAUCAACUGCAAACUUUACAACAGAGACAAAUGCUACAGAUUUUCCAGACAUCAUCACACGGGAGUUCAGACCCACAGCCAGUACCGAGGUUCCAGUCGUGUCCACGGUCCAAACCGCAAUUACACAGACUACACAAACUUCAUAUGGUUGCACCUGCAACAUCACUCCUGAUUUCUGUGAUAUUGGCUGCUGCUGUGAUGUCAUAGACUGUGGCAUCGGUAAUCUGAGUUCUGUGUUUAAUAACUGUAGGCAAGAAACAAGGCCUGGAGUGUGCAUUGAGAGCUGGCUGAUGUUCCGCGUUGACCCUCAGCUUGUGACGGACACAGGUUCUCUGUUCUGUGUUCGGAGAGCAAACGAUUCAGACAGCACAGCACAGACUGCCCCCGGUGCCUCUGAAGGGCUGCCUUCCAUCUUUUCUCCUCACUUCUCGCUAGCGGAGGUCAACAGCACUCGGAGCUCAAGUGUUUAUAAGGUUGAUGAUGUCAUUUUUAUAUAUUACAAUGCCACAUCCAUAGUGAGCAUGCUCAGACAGCCGUCAUCGGGCAUGGCUUCUUCAUCCUGUGUCGAUCGCAAUCCUGCGAAGUUUCUGCGUUCAGGUUCUUUGUCCUGUUCCCGAGUUGUAAGUGCUCAGUCAUGUAGAAGAGACAGCAGUCUGAGUUUUAGCUCCUAUUUCACAGGCUUCAGUCUCCUAAGGGUUCCACAUCCUUCAGAAAUGGACAUUUCAAAGAUUAUGAUUCCCAUUAUCCCACUGGACAACCCACCUGAAGUCAGUGAGCAAAAUGGUUCCUGCACGAAUGUUGUGUCUAAGGUGGAGUAUGUGAUUAUGUACAAUAGCACAGGAGAAAUUACAGCAGCAACGGUAAAAGUCAGCGUUACAGACACUACGCUUGGAACACAGAUACUACAACACCACGCUGUACAGUUUAAGUUAGCUACGCCCUCACCAUCUCCUCCUAAAUUACCAUUGGUUGGCUUGGAGGUUGGGAGUUCUGUGAUUGGCUGGUUUGGUGGGCAAGCUGGACUUCUGACGAUGCCAGGACUUUCCCCGGGAGGAAACUGCUCUCCCGACCUCACCAACCGUGCACCGAUCCUGUUCACACACAACACCAUCACCGGCUGCACCUUCAGGUCUGAGUUAUCUGACUGUUCCUCAAUAAGAACUCAGAUCUACAGCAUCCUAUGUGGGACAAAGACCCCCGACACAGUCGCCAUGACAGCGGGCUCACAACCACAACAGAGCAGGGUCGUCGUGCAAAAAUGUCCAGAACCUUCUCCGGCGUCAUCGGGCAUCAAGGCAGGAUACACCCUGGACGGAGUGCCAACCCAUUGCCAACGCAAUCACACACUACGGACAAUUUUUCCAGAGAUUCCAAUCAACCUUCCAUGCAUGUCUUUGGACCGGGGGAGGAAACCGGAGUGCCCGGAGGAAACCCCCGAGGCACGGGGAGAACAUGCAAACUCCACACACACAAGGUGGAGGCGGGAAUCGAACCCCCAACCCUGGAGGUGUGAGGCGAACGUGCUAACCACUAAGCCACCAUGCCCCCAUUGUCAUGUUCUCUUUUCAUUCAUCUUUUAGGAAGUAAAUGUUGGAAAAGCUACAGUUUUAUCUCUGACACUGGAGACUCCUUACAUAGAUGUUAAAUGAACAUCUCAGUAGAACUGCUGAUGAUGUUUGUACUCUUUUAUACAUGACCCAUGCGUUUGUGUAUAUUUUGUGAGUUAUAUAUUAUAUUAAGAUAUUAUAUCUUGUUUCUCGCCACUCUACAGGAUGAGGUGUGUAAUACGGGAUGUCUUGUGCCUGUGUCGCUGUCAGUGAGGUUCCUUUGGGCUAAGAGAGGAAUGUUGGCUCUGCCCCAGAAUCACAUCCUAGGUGUCAAAUACGUCUUCAGCUGUCAGAUC